UUCUGAUAGUGUAACACUGAUAGAUAAACAUUUCUUUCAUUUGAGAGACUUAUUUAGUAAAUGUAGAUGACUUUAUUGGCUAUAUUUGUAAUCUACACUUGGCUCAUUUUAAUAUGCAUAUGUACUUUUAAUGCGGUCUUUCACGAACGAUGUAAUGACGCAAUUUGACGUCAUUUUGUAGUAAUUUCAUGAAUCAUGGUUUGACCAGGGAAUACGGGCCGGAGAACUUAUUAGCUGCUGAUAGUAGUAUAACAAGGAGAACUAAAAGGGCACUGUCCCCUGGAGGAUUCGUUCACUCACGAUAUAUACAGACAUAGAGAAGUCUGUUCUCAUACAUUUACCCAUCCGAUCUUUCUUUUCGGCAAAAAUGUUUUCACUCUCGACCUCGUUUCAGCCACAGCAGAUGAUAGUGCCCCUCAACCAGAUCAUCAGUGCCUUCCACUCUCUGAAGAACUCAGCCACAGCUUCAGUCCAGGCCUUGCAUAAAGACUUCAUUCCAGAGCACACUUCAUAUGGCAAAGAGCCCAGUGUGAGUUUGAGGGAACUUGGCCUGUCAGAGAUCAGGGUGAAUCAGCUGGAUGAGCUUGUCAGCAGGUUACUGCCUAUACCAGGACCACAGGAAGCACCCACUGUCCCUUCAAUAUGGCGGACAAGUCAUGUUUCUGCAGACAGCUUUUUUCACAACAAACAUGGUUUUUCACACAGACAUUUGGGGGGUUUUGGCUCACCAGUAUUUCACAGACAAUACCACAGUCCUCUAAAAGACGUUUGUUCACGGCUACAGUUUUUGCCUGUAUGGGUCCAGAGUCAGGGUUUCAAGACACUCAGAUCAAAGACCAAACGAGUGGAGUCUAGUUAUGAUGGUCCAGUGGAGUCUGAGGCCUACACACCAACAUUCAUGAAGGGUCUGCUCCUGAGGGAAAAGGGACCAGAAGUACAGUCAUUGGACCAAGUGAUGAAACUAAAAAACCUUCCAGAAAACCAGGAGGAAGCUUUCAAAACAGGUUUCACUGAGGGUUUCAUGAGGUCCCAGGCCCUCACUCGGAGAACACAAGACUCGCUGAGGAGAACCAGGUUGAUCCUGUUGGCCCUCCUUCUUAUUGGCAUAUAUGGCUUGUCAAGAACCCCUUUUCUUUCAGUGCGGUUCCGCACCACAUCUGGUAUUGACUCAGCUGUCGACCCCAUCCAGAUGAAGAGUGUGACUUUUGAGCACGUCAGAGGAGUGGAGGAGGCAAAAAAUGAGUUGCAAGACGUUGUUGAGUUUCUCAAGAACCCCCAGAAGUUCACUGUUCUGGGUGGAAAGCUGCCUAAAGGGAUCCUCCUUGUUGGUCCACCAGGCACAGGAAAGACUCUCUUAGCAAGAGCUGUGGCCGGAGAGGCGGAUGUGCCUUUCUACUAUGCCUCUGGGUCAGAGUUUGAUGAGAUGUUUGUGGGUGUGGGUGCGAGCCGCAUCAGGAACCUUUUCAAAGAGGCAAAAGCUAGCGCUCCCUGUGUCAUCUUCAUUGAUGAGUUGGACAGUGUUGGCGGAAAGAGGAUUGAGUCUCCUAUGCAUCCUUACUCCAGACAAACCAUCAACCAGCUGCUGGCUGAAAUGGAUGGAUUUAAGCCAAAUGAAGGUGUUAUUGUUAUUGGUGCUACAAACUUUGCUGAGGCGCUGGAUAAUGCUCUGGUCAGGCCAGGGAGGUUUGACAUGCAGGUGACGGUCCCUCACCCAGAUGUGAAAGGACGGACUGAAAUUCUCAACUGGUACCUCUCCAAGAUCAAAGUUGACCCAGCUGUGGAUGCAGAGAUUAUUGCCCGAGGCACCGUGGGCUUUUCUGGAGCAGAGCUUGAAAACCUUAUCAACCAGGCAGCCCUGAAGGCGGCUGUGGACGGGAAAGAAAUGGUCACAAUGAAGGAGCUGGAGUUUGCUAAGGACAAGAUCCUCAUGGGCCCUGAGAGGAGGAGUGUUGAAAUUGACAAGAAAAACAAGACCAUCACAGCCUACCAUGAGUCUGGCCAUGCCAUUGUUGCCUAUUACACCAAAGAUGCAAUGCCCAUCAAUAAGGCCACUAUCAUGCCACGAGGCCCGACUCUUGGCCAUGUGUCCAUGCUCCCAGAGAAUGACCGCUGGAGCGAGACACGAGCCCAGCUGCUGGCUCAGAUGGACGUCAGCAUGGGCGGUCGAGUAGCAGAGGAACUCAUUUUUGGAGAUGACUACAUCACCACUGGAGCCUCCAGUGACUUUGAUGGUGCAACCAAAAUAGCAAAAAUGAUGGUGACCAGGUUCGGCAUGAGUGACAAGCUCGGUGUCAUGACCUACGGUGACAUAUCGAAGCAGAGCCCAGAAACACAAGCUGCCAUCGAACAGGAAGUUAGGGCUUUACUAAAGGACUCAUAUGAACGUGCUAAAAACAUCUUGAAGACCUACAGUAAGGAGCACAAGAAGCUAGCUGAUGCCUUGCUUAGAUAUGAAACUCUGGAUGCCAAAGAGAUUCAGAUGGUGCUGGAAGGCAAAUCACUGGACCACUAGAUACCUCAUAGACCUUUUAUACUCUUAUGUCGUGUAUAUAUAUGAAGUUGUGCAAUCAAGCACAGGCCCAUCAGAGGCCUUGUAUUUUAUUUGUUUGUGUCCCUCUUUGUUAUUUCCUCUAGAGGAGACUUUUGGUUUCACAAUGAUUUUUAAAACACUUCACUGUUCAAUUGGAUUAUAAUAAAGAUUGUUUUCCCAUAAGUUCAUCCACUACAAUUCACAAAGAUAUUAAUGGAUUUAUUAAGGUCUUGUCCUUUACUGUCAAGGCAGAUGAUUUGGUUACAGACAUUGGUUAAUGUGAAAAACAAAAGCUUCAUUAUUUUACGUCUCAAUUUUAAAUUUGUACAGACUGGUGGACACCACAGGAUUUCAAAGCACAUCAAUUCAGACUAUACAGUGCCGUUUCGCUGUAGCAAGGUACAGGUGAUAACACUGAUCAUUGUAUGAGACUUUUUUUGUUCCUCUCUAAAUUAUACAUCUCUGUUGCAUCUAACGUGUUAUGUCUUGUUCUUAAGUGCCCAAGGGUGUCCCCUCUUUUUAAAUUACUGAUCAAAAGUCACCUGUAACUAAAUGAGGGGAAAUGUCAAUACACUGCAAGCAUGUAAAAGGA